UUGUCGUGCUGCUAAGCUACUGCAAUAAUACCGAAGAAUAAGAUUCCAGUGCAACAUCUAGGCAUCAUCAUGCCUACAGCUGUGAUUAUGGAGGAAAAUUUUGAUAAAUUAUUAGAGCAGUGUGAGGCUCAAGAACUCGAGGCUCCAGGGGGCAUUGCAACACCUCAAGUCUACGCUCAGUUGCUGGCACUCUAUUUACUUCAUAAUGACAUGAAUAAUGCCAGGUAUCUAUGGAAGAGGAUUCCCCAAGCAAUAAAAUCGGCAAACCCUGAAUUAACAGCUAUUUGGGCUGUGGGCCAGCACAUUUGGCAGCGAGACUUUCCAGGGAUCUACACAGCCAUCGCAGCUUACCAAUGGACAGAGAAUAUCCUUCCGGUCAUGGAGGCCCUUCGAGCUGUAGAGAGGUACUUUUCCACAAUGGACGUCCAGAGGACAGGAACUAUGGUUCGGCCCCCCAGCCCCAUGGACAGCCUUGAGAAGCAGCUGAGCUGCCCCAUCUGCCUGGACAUGUUCACCAAACCUGUGGUCAUUCUGCCCUGCCAGCACAACUUGUGCCGUAGUUGUGCUAGUGACCUCUAUGACUCCCGCAACCCAUACCGCUUUUCUGGUGGUGUCUUUCGGUGUCCUACAUGUCGGUUUGAGGUUGUGCUUGACCGCCACGGUGUGCAUGGGCUACAACGCAACUUACUGGUAGAAAAUAUUAUCGACAUCUAUAAGCAGCAGCAAGAAGGCAGUGGCAGUGGAAGUACAGAAACCACCCUAAAGCCUAAAGAAUCCAAAGAACCGAUGUGCCAAGAACACGAAGAUGAGAAAAUCAACAUCUAUUGUGUGACCUGCCAAGAACCUACCUGUUCCAUGUGCAAAGUUUUUGGUCAACAUAAGGACUGUGAGGUUGCACCUUUAGCAAGCAUUUACCAGGGCCAGAAAGGUGAACUGAGUAAUGCUAUUGAUACCCUGGUGGCCAGCAAUGGGCGCCUGCAGGCUCUGCUCAACCAGAUGGAAGAUGCCUGCCGUGUUGUGCAGGAGAAUGCUCAAAGUGCUAAGCAAGGGUUAGCUGAACGCUUUGACCUGUUGUAUGCUGUCCUUGAAGAGCGCAAGACCAUUCUACUAGAGCAGAUUGGUAAAGAGCAAGAUGAAAAGGUGGCAGCUCUGCGGGAACUGGCACAGCGUUAUGGUGAACGACUGCAAACUACUUCAGAGCUCACAGAUACGGCUGUGAGAGCACUGGAGCAGAGUGGCGCUGCUGAGUUCCUGUUAGCCUCUAAAGGCCUUAUCACGCAGACCAAAGAUGCAGCUAAAUGUUCACUGGGGGAAGAGAGGCCCGAGCCAGGCUUUGAAAAGAUGGACCACUUCACUUUGUCAACAGAGCAUGUUGAAGCAGUCCUGGCAAAAAUGGACUUUGGGAUGUGUGAUGAUGAAGAAUUUGAAGAUGCGGAGGAGGAGGAAGAAGAAGAGGAGGAGGAGGAGGAAUAAUGAAAAUUCUAAGUGUUUAUGGACUUGUUUGAAAUACUCUCAUAUGUGCGUUUGAAGGAUUUUAUGGUUUUUAUGGCAGGGACUGCAUUUGAUGUUGAACGAAAUAUAAGGUUACAGUGAAUGUGGGCUAAAAUGGCUUGCCCUUAUUUUCAGUGCAAUAUGUAAUUUCAGUGUCAUGUUUGUGUCUUUUCUUAAUUUCUUUUUAUACUUUUGUACUUUUAAACCCAUUACAUGGAAAAAUAGGGUAGAUAAAUGUAAAUAUAAAAUAUCUAAGGAUGGCUUACACAUAAUGUUCCUCAUAUGUAGCUUAUGAAAAUAGUUAUUUUAGUAGUUUAACUCAUUUUGUCUAAGUUUGUGUUGAAAUGGUGAUCUACCUGUAAUUAUCAAGUCUUUCUUUAAUCAAAGGUGGAAUAAAAAUGCAUGAAGUCAAA